AUGGAAGUUUUUUGUUGCAAGCCCUUAAUCAUCUUUUUCUUCCCCCCUUGGACCAUCUGCGCGUCUCAUCUACCCGUUGCAUCCUUCCGGCUCGAUUCCGAAUGUUCAUUAGCCGCUGAUGGCCUCCAGAUUGUCCAACUACAAAACAGCCCGGAGACUGCGUUAAUUGUGGCCUUCUCACUUUUCGCUCUCAUUUGUGUCGUCUUCAUUGCGAUCAAAUGCUGCAAGAACAAGAUGGUUCGAGUGGAGGCCAAUUUCCGUCAGUUGGCGGCAGCCGUCGAGACUCGAAUGCGACUCAACCGUCAGAAUUCAGAUGAGGAGCAAUUGUAA